AUAAUAAUAAAAGGGGCGGAAGUAAAUAAGGGAAAAUAUUGGGGAAGAAAGUGAAAUAAUAAAAAUAGCUGCAUAAACAUAACGGGCAUACUUCCCUUGAAUUUGUUUUACCAUGGUCAACUCUCUUCUCUCUCUAGCAGACUGAAUUUCGGCAAAGCAAGCUGCUGAUCAUUCACUGCCGGCACCGGAAAAUUAGCUGCCGGCCAUGUCGUUUUCCGAUUCCGAUAACUCCUCCCACGGCGGAGAGUACAAAACUUUGCGCCAUGUCAGCCGCGAUCGAUUGUUAUAUGAAAUGCUUCAAACACCCAAAUCAGGAGAUUCGAGAUCAUCGUGGAAGGUACUUAUCAUGGAUAAAGUUACUCUAAAAGUGAUGUCGAAUUCAUGCAAAAUGUCAGAUAUCACAGACCAAGGAGUUUCGUUGGUUGAAGACCUUUAUAGAAGAAGACAACCUUUAACUUCAAUGGAUGCCAUAUAUUUCAUUCAACCUUCGAAAGAGAACGUCGUGUUGUUCUUGUCUGACAUGUCGGGAAGAGAACCUUUAUACAGGAAAGCAUAUGUUUACUUCAGUGCACCUAUAUCGAAAGACCUUAUUGCUCGCAUAAAGAGAGAUACUAGUGUUUUACCGCGCAUUGGGGCAUUAAGAGAGAUGAAUUUGGAGUACGUCACGAUAGACAAUCAGGGGUUCAUAACUGAUCACGAAAGAGCACUCGAGGAACUAUUUGGUGAUGAUGCUGAAAAUUCUCGAAAAUCUGAUGCUUGCUUGAAUGUAAUGGCCACACGAAUUGCUACUGUUUUCGCUUCACUUAAGGAAUUUCCUUUCGUGCGGUAUAGAGCAGUCAAUCUUGAUGGUGACACAAUGACUACUGUUCGUGAUUUAGUUCCUACCAAGCUAGCUGCAGCAGUUUGGAACUGCAUUACAACAUACAAAUCAUCUGUUCCCAACUUCCCUCAAACGGAGACGUGCGAAUUACUUAUAGUGGACCGAUCAGUUGACCAGAUUGCUCCAAUCAUUCAUGAAUGGACCUAUGAUGCUAUGUGUCAUGAUCUGCUUAAUCUGGACGGCAAUAAAUAUGUGUACGAGGUUCCCAGAAAAUCAGGUGGUCCGCCCGAAAAAAAAGAAGUCCUUUUGGAAGAUCAUGAUCCUAUUUGGCUCGAGCUCCGUCACACUCACAUAGCAGAGGCUAGUGAACGGUUGCACGACAAGAUGACAAAUUUUGUUUCGAAAAACAAAGCCGCUCAAUUGCAGCAGAGGAACGGUAGUGAACUUUCCACACACGACCUUCAGAAAAUGGUUCAAGCCUUGCCGCAGUACAGCGAACAGAUGGAGAAGUUGUCUAUCCAUGUCGAGAUUGCUGGAAAACUUAAUAAAAUAAUUAGAGAUAUGGAUCUUCGAGAACUUGGUCAACUUGAGCAGGACCUUGUAUUUGGCGAUGCAGGAACGAAGGAAGUUAUGAAUUUCUUGAGAACGAAGCAGGAUGUAAUGAAUGAAAAUAAACUGCGGCUGAUGAUGAUUUACGCUAGUAUCUUUCCGGAAAAUUUUGAGGAUGACAAAGCGUCACAACUCAUGCAGUUGGCAAAGUUACCACAUGCGGACACGAAAGCUGUGAAAAAUAUGAAACUGAUUGCGGGAUCCGAUACAGGAAAGACUUCAAAAGGGGCAUUUUCACUGAAGUUUGAUUCAGCAAAGAGUAAGCAUAAACUAAGAAAGGAUCGAUCAGGAGAAGAAAAGACAUGGGCACUAUUUCGGUUUUAUCCAAUGAUAGAGGAGUUAAUCGAAAAGUUGAGCAAAGGAGAAUUGCCGAAAGACGAGUACCAGUGCAUGAAUAAUCCUAGUCCUUCAAGUAAUGGGAACCAAAUGAAUAAUAGUGGAGGCUCACAUGGUCCACAUUCAAUGAGAUCAAGACGAACUGCCACAUGGGCGAAAUCUGGCUCCUCCGACGAUGGAUAUUCAAGUGAUUCAGUUUCGAGAAAUAGCAAGAAGAUGGGGCAGCGAAUAUUUGUUUUCAUAAUCGGAGGAGCAACUAGAUCUGAGCUUAGGGUUUGUCAUAAGCUUACAGCAAAACUAGGGAGGGAAGUAGUUCUCGGUACAACAAGUAUCGAUGAUCCACCUCAAUACAUUACGAAACUUAAGCUCUUGUCCGAAAAAGAGCUCCUCAAUUGAUGGUGUCCGUACAAUAUAAUUUCGUCACACACCUCCGCAGGUUGGUCUUAUUGUUCUAAAUUUUUAUGGCUUAAUCGUUUUUUGCUAUAUAUCCAUCGUCAGUUUGAAAAAUAACCGACUAGAUAAAACAUGCUGGGCAGCUGACAAAAUUUUAUGCUUUACUCUUUAAAGUUUCGAUUUGUUUAUAUCUGACAUACAAGGAUGUUUGAGUAAUUGUAAAUUGUAAUUUCUCAAAUGAAUUUGUUUGAUAAUUUGAUAUACCGAUUUAAAAUCUAUAAAUCAUAAAUUCAUUAUUGAACAUAAUUAGUUUACUCAAUGGAAAAUAUCGUUGACUA